GACGCUUUAAGAAUAUGCGCGCUCUACAUAAAGAGCUCUUCCAGCCCCCGCAUCAUGAGCGUUCCUCUUGGGAGUAUAGACACACAAGGCCCCCCUAAGAGAUCAACAGGUGUUGCGAGGAGGCCUCGGGCAGCAAGUGACUCUUCGUCCGUCGACAUAAUAAGUUCCUCCAAACGUUUUCGUUCACCAACUCCUCCGCCAAGAAGAUCUUCUUGGGGUUUUUCUCAACACUUUUCCCCCGAAAGACACGCGCCCCCCACAAAAUCCUCCAAACCACCAUUAAGGAGGAAAUUGAAAUUGCGAUCUCUUAGAUCCCAAAUAGAUCCUCCGCCGAUUGAAAACCCCGAGGCAUUCCUCGUAAAAAGUCCGGAGGAAAGAACCAUGGCUACUCCGGGUGUCCCCUCUUCCGCUAUUGGUGGAACCUCUCUCACCGGCCCCGACCGAGGCCACUCUACUGCAGCGGCAAAGCAUAGUCUCCCGAUGCCGGGAUUGUCCGGUAAUGCGAACGGGCCUGUUGGAAAUUUACUUAAGGGGCCCGUCGACGAUGCUGGCAAGCUCAAAGACGCCGCCCUCCUGGUCGGAAUCAAACUUGAUCUCGAGGCCGAAGUCCAUGCCACGGCUAGGGUCCGUGGUGAUAUCGUUGUUGGGCUUUAUUAAGUGCCAGUAUGAGGACGAGGUACAAUUUGGAGACGUUGGGAUAGGUUACAAAAUUGUCAUCCAGAGCAUCAUACUCCCUUUUGUUUCGAGCUGUCAACACAGUCCGAUGGUUAUGGCCGUGGUCAUGCGUUUCCGGGCGGUUGGUCCUAAGGGCUUCUUAGCCGUCACUAUUACAUCGCUCGCGUUCACGCUCGUUAAAAAUAACUGUUAGUCGGCGUACACCGUAUGUACGAGCUUCUUUAAAGAUACGC